ACUUUCCUCACUUUUCUUGGAAUUUCCAUUGAUAGUUCUUAUCAGUUUUGCAGUGAAUUAUCACACGGAUUUCGAAUUUCGUUACAUAUGCCCGAUGAAUUACCAAAAUUGCAAGAAGAAUUUAUUUUCAUCCCGGUCGACCAAGAAACUUACAUUUCAGUAAAACCAUCAGUCAUUACAACUUCAAAUGGUUUGCGCAGCUACUCGCCGAAAGAAAGAGGAUGUUAUUUCAAGUCCGAACGUUAUUUACGUUUUUUUAGAGAAUACUCACAGCGUCACUGUGAAAUUGAGUGUGGAGCAAACUUCACCAAUAUCAAAUGCGGAUGUGUUAAAUUUUCAAUGCCAAGAAGACAUUCAACAAAAGUAUGUACAAUUAUUGAUAAUCCAUGCUACAAUGAAGCGGAUGAUGAAUUUUCGAAGAAACUUCUUGUAAAGAGGUGCAACUGUCUGCCAGGUAAUUCUUGA